GUCUCCGAGUUGUUUGGAGGUGCGACGUUGGAAGCUGGGGCUCGCGCGUGGGCGCGUGCGGCAUGGCUGGAGGGCUGGUGCGAAUGCUGCUGCUCUCACAGCUCCAAGUCCAGCUGAGUGUGCCAUGGGCUGCAGUCAAGCUGAGAUUGAAUUGUCCUCAAGCACCCUGCUGGCACUAUUGGCAGGGGAAUUGUUAUUGCAUGGAGAGGAGUCGCACAGGGACUUGGAUUGAAGCACUGAGAUACUGCAAACGAUAUCGAGAUACAGAACUAUUAAAAAUCACUAAUGCGUCAGAAAAGAAAUGGAUUUUAGGGUUGCCUCUGAACGAUUUCUGGAUUGGAUUAAAUAAUUUGGAAAAUGUGACUAAUUUUGCCUGGUCAGAAGGGACACUGGCAGACAUAACAGCACCCUGGCUUUGGAUGUCACGCCCAGCCCAGCCAAACACUGCAUAUUGUGUGAAGAUUUCCAGUGGCAUCUUGAUUGCUCUGGACUGUAGUGCCAAGGCCCAUUGGAUCUGCAAACAAAGUGCAGAUACUGAGCGGUAUCAAGAACACAAAGGAAAGGUCCUUCUCUCGCCACCAAGUCUGCCAUCACAAGUACAUGCAGAUUUGAAUUCUGCUAAAGAAGCUUGCCUGGAGCUUAGGGAGAAAUGCACAGGAAUUUCUACAUGGAAUAAUGCAUAUGCCCUUGCCAGGGGGACCGUAUUGUUGAAGAGUGAGGAGAGCAAUUCCUAUGCCUAUGUAAAAUCAGAUUGCUCCAUGGGUUACUUUGGAAGGGAUUGUUCGUCUGUGUGCGGUUUGUGUCACAACGAUGAUCUGUGCAAUCCCUACACGGGAACUUGUGAUGAUUUCCAUUUGUGCAGCGUUCAGAGUGCACCUACAGCCUGUGAGAGAGCUAUGAAAAGUUUGUGGUGCCCUCGUUUUUCUGGUUGGUCGUAUUGGAGUGGCAAAUGUUACUACUUCAGCACAGAGGCCCCUGCCAGCUGGCUUCAAGCAAGGGAGAAGUGUAGAAGAUACAGAAGUGCAGAUCUGCUAUGGAUUGAGAGCCCAGAAGAAAUGAAUUGGUUGUUCUCGGCGAUUCCAUCUGAAACCUUUUGGAUUGGAUUGAAUAGCAGGCAGCAAGAGUCUAUAUGGAUUUGGUCAAAUGAAAAGUCAGCUGCUAAAGAACUCGAUUGGUUAUCCAUGAAUGGACAUCCAUCUGGAAGAUGUGCAGGUAUCCAGCCAGCACCCAGAAGUAUUUUAAAGUUUAACUGUGACAAUAAGUACAGAUGGCUUUGUAAGAAAGCUGAAUCUCCACACAUUUUUGAUGUGUUUCUUAGUCGGUACCUGUCAAGACCAUUUUCAUCAGAGAAGAUGUACAACUCCCUCCAUAGUGCUAAGAUAGACUGCUUACAUGACAGGAACUGCACAGGAGUAGUAAAAGUCUCACAGUACUUCAGAAGAGUGGCAGGAAUUGAUGAAAUCCACUUUGCUCCUUUUAGUGCUCCCUCGGGUGCUAUUUCAUAUGUAAAACGUGAAUGUUCUUUGGGAUACUAUGGAGAAAACUGUGCAGGAGUUUGUCUGCAGUGUCCUGGAAACUUCAGAUGCAAUUCAGUAACUGGCAAAUGCCCAGAAAAGUUAAUGUGUGUGGACAAAUUUAAAGGUGAAAUUUGUGAAUCAGGACUCACCAGUUUAAAGUGCCCUCAAGACCCCACGUGGUGGUAUUGGAAUGGAAACUGUUAUUACCUAGAAAGGAAAGAGACUAUGCGGUGGGAGCAGGCUCUGGCUCUGUGUGCAUUGUAUAAGCAUGCUAGUCUUCUCCAAAUAGAUAGUGCAGAAGAAAAGAUGUGGGUGGCUUCCAUGCUGGAGGGUGGCACCUGGAUUGGUUUGUCAAAGCAGCAGUCUGGUGCCUGGCAGUGGACUAGCGGACAUGGUGCUAAUCUUGCACUCAGCUGGCUUUCAGACAUUAAAAGGGGUCAAAGUGGAUGCGCUCAGAUGAAGAAAGGAGGAGAACUUAUGGCUACUAGUUGCUCCACACACCUCCUCUGGGUGUGUGAAAAACAAGCAGACCUUGAUAUUUUCCUUGAGUAUCCUGGAAGAAUACUGCUUUCUUUGGUGACAAUGGCUCAGUACAGUACCCUAACUGAAGCAAAAAUGUAUUGCACGAUGAAAGCUCAUUGUACAGGAAUAAGUAGUUGGGGAUCCAAAUUUUUUCUUGUCUCAGGAAGUGAAAUGGUGUCAGCUCCCCAGAGAUGUAUAGUUUACUUGAAAACAAGCUGUGUUUCUGGUCAGUAUGGAUCUGGAUGCAGGAAAGCCUGCCCCCGCUGCACUAGCAUCCUGCCUUGUAACAGUUUGACUGGAUUCUGUGAUGAGAAAACCACGUGUCUGUUACCAUUCACUGUAGCAAGCUGUGUGGCAACCACAGUCAGUCUACAGUGUCCAGAUGAGGCUGGGUGGCGCUACUGGAACAGGUACUGUUACUAUAUCUCAGAUGCUAAAACGAAACCGUGGAAGGAUGCCAAUUCCACCUGCAGUCGAUACAGAGGUGCUGAACUGGUUUGGUUUGAAAGCCAGGAAGAACUGAGUUGGAUUAAAUCAUCUCUGAAUGGACCCACAUGGACAGGGUUGCAAGAUAUAAACAAAGAUGGCACCUGGGCCUGGGCACAUGGAGAUAAUGCAUCUAGUGUAUUGGAAUGGCUAAGUUUCAGAAAGAGAAGCAGUUGGCUGAGAUGUGUUGAAAUGUCAGUUGGCGAACAUAUCAUUGCAGCAGGCUGUAGGAGAGCCAAGGAAUGGGUGUGCAAGAAGCCAGCAGAACCAGAUCUUGAUUUGUUCAUAAGCAUCUGGGAUGCAGUGAUGAUCUUGCCAACUCCAGCAGCAUCAGCUAAAUACACUAACCACACAUUGGCCAGACAAAUCUGUGUAAUGCAGAGGUCCAGAUGCAUUGGCUACGUGUUAUGGCAAGACAGUUAUUUCCUAAUACAUGACUCUAAUUUAGUUAUCAGUGGAUUUCCACAAAGCGCAACAUACUUAAAAUCAGGCAAGUACAGCUUGAAAUGUCCUCUUGGGCUUGGCUGGUGGUACUGGAAUGGACGUUGUUACUUUAUAGAAAGGAAUAGAACUCUGAGUUGGAUGGAAGCCAGGCUGUUUUGCAGCCAUUUUAAAAGAACAAGUCUGUUGCAGCUGGAAUUGUUGGCUGAAAAGGUUUGA